AUGAAGGUCUCUAAAAUUAUUCUUGUGUCAGUUUCGACCCUUUGGUUGACCCAUUCUGUGGCCUAUGCCUUAGCCAACGGCUUGCUCUUUGAAACUGAUGUUGCUUCCCCUGUUUCCUCCAUUGACUGGGAAACCGUCACUCCAAUGCCUAAUAAACCUCAUCAUCAUGGUGUUCCUAUUUUAGACCAAACUCUAUCUCCUCAGCAAGAAAAGUACUGGAUGGCAUAUAACACUACCACCUAUUUUACUAUCCAGACCCCUUGCAAACCUCAAUUGUGGAUCCAUUUAUCUUUCCUUAUUCUUUCAUUUGCAUUCAUCUAUCCUUUCGUCAUGAUAUUCAACAACUUGGAGUCCAAUUGGUAUCUUCCUGUUCUUACUGUUCAGGCUGCCAGUACCAUCGUUUCCGUCAUCUCCUAUUAUAUAUUUAUUUCCCAUGCUCCAAACUUAUUUCCUAAUAUGGCCUAUUCCCGCAUGGUCACAGGGCUAUUUGUUCUUACUAUUAUUCAGUACUUCUCUGCUAUCAUCUAUGUGGCCAAGAGAUGGAUAGAAGGUGGACCUUGCUGUUCGGCUGAUUCCCAUUAUCUUCGUGUAUCUCAGGAUGAAGAGCUUGUUGGUACCACUGGUACCACUGGUGUCGAUGGUGUUAUCAACAAAAAUAUACAUAUGUCCGACUUGGCUUUUACUUCUGAUAGGAGAAGUGCAAGUCCUGGUAAUGGCUCUCCUUCCAGUACCCUAUACGAUAGAGAGUCGUUUGACAUCGAUGACAGUACAAACUUAGGUUCGACAAUUGCGGCUAAAGAGAAUCUCUCUUUCUAUUCAAAAAGCAAACUAGCGGCUCGUAGGGAUUCCCUAUUGAAGAAGUUAUUCCAGUACCCUGUUAUCAAUAAGGGAGUUUGUUUGUUUGGCUUUGCGGCUACUAUAAUAUUUAAAAUCCUUGAUUUCGGUAUGUUUGCCUACUUCUUGGUUCUGCUUCCUACCGGUGUCGCUGGCUUGAACAUUAUGGGUAGGUCCAACAGGGUGUUCAACCUCCUUGCUCAUUUUAUUAAAGGUGGAGUCUUUUUUAUUCUCGGCUUUGUCUCCUUGGCUAGAUACUUAGGUGCCUUUUCGAGAAUGGGUGGUGCCUGGAACUAUGCCUGUGUCACCGAUGUAGAUAAGAGGCACUCUCUCUGGUUAAAAAUGCAGCCUAAGGGUACCAUGAUCACUUUUGAGAUGAUUGAAAGCUCGUUGAUUCUAUUGUACGGCUCUACAAACAUUUUCUUGGAGCAUUUGGCAGCAGCUGGUGAACCAUGGGCAGCUAAGGACCUACAGCAUAUCUCUAUUGCAUUUAUGUAUAUUGGUGCAGGUCUUUGCGGCAUCAUUACCGAAGUUCAGCUAAAAGAUUGGAGACGUUCCAAGUUUUUUGACCAGGUAGGCAGUUUAAUUGAUUCUCAUACAGUGAGUAACGUCACUCCAGGAUUCUCUCCAAAUCCAUUCCCUGUGUUCACCAUCUUUUGGACAGGGUUACUAAUGUCUCAGCAUGCACAGAGCUCUGGAUUGUCAACCAAGGUUCAUGUUCAAUGGGGUUCAUUACUUACAUAUGGCUCAUGUUUUCGAAUUUUGACCUUUCUUCUGAUGUCAUACUAUCCUUUAAAGGAUCAGCACGCUUGCUUUCAUCCGGCAAAACCUUUUACGGAGUUGAUUACAUCAUUUUGUCUUCUUUGCGGAGGCUUGGUCUUCAUGGAAAGUACGGACCAAGUUAUUGAAGCCAUGGAAUACCGUGGCUUGACUCCUAUGUUCACCCUAAACGUUAGUGUCGGUUGUAUAGCACUGUUGAUGGCGUGGAUUAUGGUUGUAUUUUCUUUCAAAAAUUGGUUACGGCAAAGACUGAUGUAA